AUGGGUAAUAAAGUUGCAACAUUUACUGAGGAACAGUUAGAAGAUUAUCAAGACUGUACAUUCUUCACCAGAAAGGAAAUAUUAACUGUUUUCAAAAGAUAUCGAGAGCUAGAUCCACAUCGUGUUCCCCAAGUGAUGACUGGUGACGAAGCACAUUCCGUAACAGUUCCAAUGGACAAAGUUGAGAAAAUGCCGGAGCUUAAGGAGAACCCGUUUCGACAGCGGAUUUGCAAAGUGUUUUCGAACGACGGAAGCGGAAACUUGACAUUUGACGACUUCCUCGACAUGUUCUCCGUCUUUAGUGAGCAGGCACCUCGCAAUGUCAAACAAGUUUAUGCUUUUAAGAUCUACGAUUAUGAUGGCGAUCAGUUUAUUGGCCCGAAAGACAUAGAACAGGCUGUUACUGCUUUAACCAGAGCAGAACUUAAUGAAGAGGAAGUUAAAUUAGUGGUUGAAAAAGUCAUGGAUGAAGGAGAUCUGGACGAUGAUGGAAAACUUUCUUUUAUGGAAUUUGAAGCAGUUAUUUCAAAAGCUCCGGAUUUCCUGGGAACGUUCCAUAUAAGAAUUUAA